GUCAUCAAUAUCCUACCACGUACAGCCUCUUGCUCUCCUUCCAUCUUAGUUUCUACAGUGAUAGUAUUGCCAAAAUAUGAACACCAAGUGUCACUGGAUGCCUGCAGAAGAUGACAAGCUCAAGGUAUUGGUGACCAAAUAUGGCCCUCACAACUGGAACGCCAUCGCUGAAAAGCUCCAAGGAAGAUCAGGAAAGAGUUGUAGGUUGAGAUGGUUCAAUCAGCUGGAUCCAAGAAUCAACAGGAAGCCUUUCACAAAGGACGAGGACCAACUGCUGCUUGCGGCUCAUGAGAUCUAUGGAAACAGAUGGGCGAUCAUUGCGCGCCUGUUCCCAGGGCGCACCGAUAACGCUGUUAAGAAUCACUGGCAUGUGAUCAUGGUCCGACGGCACAAACAGCGGUCUCAGCUUCCUCGUAAGCGUGGUGAUCAGAGUACCUUCGUCGAGGAAGAAGAGUCGAAAAGUUCCAAGAAGAGGAAGCUAGAACCAAGAAACACGCUUCUCAUGGUAGAGGAGUACCAUCGACGAUCUGACACAGUUCAUCAACAAGGCUUUUACCCUAACAUGCAAGAAGGUAAAGAUAAUUCAUUGAAGUUCUAUGAUUUUCUACAAGUCAACAGUGACUCUGAUAGCACUCCAGAGGAUGUGAGAAGAGAGGGAGAAGAACGAUACGAGGAUAAGGAGGAAGAGAAUAAGAGCCAUGCCAGGUUCAUUGAUUUCUUGGAAGUUGGAAGCUUCUAAUUAUGUUGGUUGUAAGGAAAGGUAUUAACACUCUUAGAAUCUCUGUUUAUGUGCUGCUCACAAACUCUAACAUUUACAGCUGCAAAGAGAUGUGAAAUAAUCUUAGAAACAUCUCAUUUCCAUCUCUUUGAAUGGUA